AUGUCUGCCAGUGAGGAGGAGAUUGACAUGAUCUUGAGCAUGUUUAGCGAUGAGUGCGAGCGCUACGAGGGCAAGUCGAACUCGGUUCUCGUACAUUUACCAUUUCACUUUGAACUGCAAGUCACCCUUCCGGCGCACGGAUACCCGGAUGAAAGCUAUCCGCAACUCUACCUUCUUUCCGGCCCCAACGCACAGCUAGCCAGCGCCUUCUCUCAGGAAGUACACCGCCGCAUGCGCGAUGAGAUCCCCCUGAGUGUUCCAAUGCUGGCGCUUCUCAUUCCCUUAGCCCAGAGCGUGGCGGAGGAGCUGAAGGACUUGAAGGAGAAGGCGCGCCAGGACGAGCUGGUGGAAAAGACGGAUCAACUACAGUGGAAGGAGUACCAGCGAGAGACGGGCAUCGAUAUCUGGUCAGGUGGAGUGGUUACGGACCGCCGCUCACGGUUUGUGGCGCACAUGGCCCGCGUUCACUCAAUUGAAGAGGUACGGGAGGUAGUCUGCUACUUACGCUCAAUCAAGAGUAUCGCCUGCGCAGCGCACCCGACAAUCUACGCGUACCGCUUCACUGACGCGAACGGUGUUCUGCAGAAAGACGUCGAUGACGACGGAGAGAGUGGUGCAUCCAUCAAAAUGAUGUUUCUGCUGGAUCAUCUUCAGGUCGAUGGGUACAUUGUAGUCGUGACGCGGUGGUGGGGAGGCAUCCUUCUCGGGCCAGACCGUUUCAAGCACAUCAUGGAGGUGACGAGGAACAUCCUGCGGACCAUUCCGGAGCGAGAGGAGGAGAUGGCGGCAUCGGGGAAGCGGAACUGCGUCAAAUGA